CUGACUGAUGCUCAAAGUGCAGAACUUUCCCAAUGUUUCCCCAGCCCGGGAGAGACUGAGCGCCGGCGCCCCCACCCCGACACCCGCACAGACUGCAGCAGGGACGCUGGGAGCGGGGUACCCGGAGACAGCCGCUGUAUGCUGAGGAGUAGUCACCGGUGACCGGGAGAGGAGAGGAUAGCAUACCGGUGCCGUCCCAGGCACUGUCCCAGGGAGCGGAGGUGUGAGAGCCUGUCCCGUGACACCGGGCCUGGGAGCCGGGCAUCUGCCGGCCGGACAUUACACACUGCGGACACUGCAUGACCCUGCUGGCACCCUGACCCCCAGCUCACCCUCCUCUCACCCGUCUGUGUGCCCGGGCGGGAGGCUGGCCGGCGCGGAGGCUGCAGAAGCAUGCAGGCGCGUUACUCUGUGUCCAGCCCGAACUCCCUGGGCGUAGUGCCCUACCUCGGGGGGGAGCAGAGCUACUACAGGGCGGCGGCGGCGGCAGCGGCAGCCGGAGGGGGGUACACUGGCAUGCCGGCCCCUAUGAGCAUGUACUCCCACCCGGCUCAUGAACAGUACCAGGCCGGCAUGGCCAGAGCCUAUGGACCGUACACCCCUCAGCCUCAGCCCAAGGACAUGGUGAAGCCUCCGUACAGUUACAUCGCCCUCAUCACCAUGGCCAUACAGAACGCCCCUGACAAGAAGAUCACCCUGAAUGGCAUCUACCAAUUCAUCAUGGAGAGGUUCCCUUUCUACCGGGACAACAAGCAGGGCUGGCAGAACAGCAUCCGGCACAACCUCUCCCUCAAUGAGUGCUUUGUCAAGGUGCCCAGGGACGACAAGAAGCCGGGCAAGGGCAGUUACUGGACCCUGGACCCAGACUCCUACAACAUGUUUGAGAACGGCAGCUUCCUGCGGCGGAGGCGGAGGUUCAAGAAGAAAGAUGUGGUGAAAGACGGGGCCAAGGAUGAGAAGGAGCGCCUGUUGAAGGACCAUCACCCUGCCCAGGCCCCGGCUGGCCAGCAGCGCCAGCAGAACCAGUCUCAGGGGGAGCAGGACAGCAGCUCCCAACCUGUCAGGAUCCAGGACAUAAAGACUGAGAACGGCGCCCCUUCUCCCCCGCAGCCCAUGUCACCUGCCCUCAGCGCCGUGCCCAAGAUAGAAAGCCCAGACAGCAGCAGCAUGUCCAGCGGCAGCCCGCACAGUAUCCCGUCCGGCAGGUCCAUGAACAUGGAGACAGCAGAUUCCCACCACCAGCAGCACCACAGCCAGGGCUUCAGCGUGGACAACAUCAUGACCUCUCUCAGGGGGUCCCCGCAGGGCUCUGGCGAGCUGGCCACCAGUCUGAUCGCUUCAUCCAGGACGGGGAUCGCGCCAUCCCUCUCGCUGAGCUACUCUCCGGGCCAGGGCUCUAUCUAUAGCUCGCCAUGCAGCCAGAGCAGCAGUGGUGCCGGCUCUGCAGGAACCUAUCACUGUAACAUGCAAGCCAUGAGCCUGUACUCUGGGGACAGGUCUGGACAUUUGACCCCAGCCAACACGCCGGCUGCUACCACAGUGGAAGAGACACUGCCCGACUACUCCAUCACCACCACCACCACCUCUGCUCUGAGCCACGGCAGCCUGAGUUCUGGCCAGGAGCACCCUCACCAAGGCAGACUCCCCUCAUGGUACUUGAAUCAGUCGGGGGAUUUAGGCCAUUUGGCUGGGGCCACCUACCCAGGACAGCAGCAGAACUUCCAUUCUGUGCGGGAGAUGUUUGAGUCCCAGAGAAUUGGCUUGAACAGUUCCCCUGUGAACGGUAACAGCAGCUGUCAAAUGUCUUUUCCCUCCAGUCAGUCUCUGUACCGCACAUCAGGGGCAUUUGUGUAUGACUGCAGCAAGUUCUGAUCAUAGAGCAAGCCCCAUCUAGAACUCAUAUGAUAAUGUCAGUAAGAAAGGGAGAUAGUUAGCAAAAUCAAAAUUCUCCUUCCCCACCAUCCAAAAGCGAAACUAAAAAAAAAAAAAAACAACGAAAAAUGUAGUUUCUGUAAAGACUCCCAGAUUGGUCAGGUUUGUACAGGGACAGUGUUAUAAGCACAUAAGUUCCUGCGAAAUACAGUUUUGUAAGGUAUCACAUUUUCAUAUGUUAAAUAGCAUAUAUAUAUAUAUAUAUAUAUAUAUAUAUAUAUAUAUAUAUAUAUCAAGCUUUUAAUGAACUUGUUCUCAGAUGUAAAUUGCAAUAUAGUAAUUUAUUUUUAAAUGUGUACAUGGAUAAUGAGGACCAAGCCAGACAGUGUUGUCCACCAGCUUUGUUUGAAUAUUUGAGUUUUCAGUACAAAAAGGGAAUUGUACCCCAUCUAUUGUAUCGGUUUGUUUUCUUCUGUUGAAAUACUCUGGAGGCAUAGUAGCAUUGUUUGUUUCCUAAUAAAUGACCAUUCUAUUUGAAUGAUAACUACGUCUGAUAAUUUAUAAAGGUUACAAUUCGUUGGCUAAAUAUUUGCCGUAAUUGAGAAAAGUCCAUGGAAAUCAAUUAACGAUUUAAAGAAGGGGGCGUGAUAAAUGUAUAAUUGUGUUGUGUGGCCGUCUCCAGUAUUUUUCCACUAUUCCAAUUUAUACUGUUGACAAAUAAUAGCAAUUUUCCAAAUUUAUUUUACGUAAUGCAAUGUCUCGGCAUUA